AUGUCGGGUAUCGCUUCCAAGAACCUUUACGAUCUUCUGGGCAAUGAUCAUGAAUAUGAUUCCGACAAGGAGCCAGAGGCACCAGUGAAGGUUGUCGACAAAACUCCAGCUCGCAACGUCAAGCGCAAUGCUACUGGAGAGGCACCAGCAGCCAAGGCUCCUGUAGCUGAUGGACGUGGUGCUCGCCGUGGAGGAUUCGCCGGAAACGAAGGAGCUUUCCGUGAUCGCAACGCCGGUAGCGCCAACAACCAAGGCAAGCCAACUGAUGACUCUGUCAGACAAGACCGUCACCCAAGACGUGAAGGUGGUGCUGGACGUGGCCGUGGUGGUGCUCGUGGAGGUGGCAAAUUUGACCGACACAGCCGUGGAGUCGGAGGUGAUUCCGAGAAGCAAGCUGCUCACGGUUGGGGUGCACCUGAAGGUGGUGCCGAGCUCGCCGAUGAGCAAGCCGGUGAUGCCAUCGCCAAGACCGAAGCUAAGGAAGUUGUUGAGGCACCAGCUGAGGCCGUUGCCGAAGAUGUUGAGCCAGAAGACAACAGUAUCUCUUACACCGAUUAUCUCGCUCAAUUAGAGGAGAAGAGAGCCGCACUUGGCGCUGCCACCCCUGAAGCUCGCAAGCCAGACAGCAAGCUCGACAAGAAGUGGGCCAACGCUAAGGCUAUUGCCAAGGAGGAAGAGGAAGACUUCGUCGCUGGAACUGGUGGCAAGGCCAAGCGUGAACGUCAACGCGUUUCAAAGCAAGUCCUUGAGAUUGAUCAACGUUAUGUUGAACCCGCCGAACGUGGUGGUGGUGGCGCCCGUGGAGGUUUCCGUGGAGGCCGUGGACGUGGUGAUGGACCACCACGUGGCGACCGAGGAGGUUUCCGAGGACGUGGUGAGGGCGGACGUGGACGCGCUCGUGGCGACCGAGGCCCACCACGCCAAAGUGCCCCAAGAAACGCAGGUACCUCAGCAUCCAUCCAGAUUGAGGACAAAUCCGCUUUCCCAAGCCUUGGCGCCUAA